UGAUUAAAAGUGAUUAUUUUUUAGAAGAAAAUAAAUUAAAAUGGAAGAAGAAAAUGAUGAAACUCAAGCAUUCAUUAAAUCUCUUCCUUAUAAAAUCCCAACAUUUGAUAAUUGGAACACACAUGCGCAGUUUUAUCACCCUUUAAUGGCUGGUAGCAUAGAUGGGACAGACAUUAUACCACACGACAAAGCUGUUAUAAGAGCUUGCAGAUCAAAAUAUCGACCAAACAAAAAGGUGGUAGGGGAUCCGACGAAAACAUUGAUGAUCCGGCAUUUGUCGAAAAACACAAAUGAAGCAACUCUCAGCAGAAUAUUUUCAAGGUUUGGAGAUUUGGAAAAAUGCCGUUUAAUACGCGACGUUAUAUCCGGAAUCAGCCGUGGUUACGCAUUUGUCGAAUAUAAAAUCGAACGCGAUGCUCGACACGCGCUAAGAGAGUCGAAAGGCUUACUUAUUGAUGGUAAUCAGAUUGUCGCUGAUUCCGAAUGUGAGAGAUUAUUACCUGGGUGGAUGCCUAGACGAUUCGGCGGUGGUUUUGGUGGGAAAAAAGAAUCUGGGCAGCUUCGAUUUGGUGGGAUAGAACGGCCUUUUCGAAGACCGAUCACUUUAAAUUCUGUUGUUUUAGGUUCCAAACACAACAACCAUUCACAAAGUGGGUUUAAAAGAGAUUUUAGAACAAUGAGUGAUCGGUCACGUAGUAUUAAUAGUCAACAUAAUGAUCGGUCCCGUGAAGUUAAUAACCGUAAGACGGAUUUUCGUGAAUCGAGAGACAAUUAUGCUAAAAGAUAUCGAAGGUGAUCGAGUGCCUUACACUAAGGGGUUGUUGCUGGACACGUGUCUCACUAAAAGACGUGACAAGACAUCAACUGUGUCUCGCUAACCCAAGCAUUGCAUGUAUAAGUAGGAAAUCGAUCGUUUUAAAGAGCUGAUAGGUACAUCAUAUCUGGAGAAGGAUAAAAAUAUGUGCGCACCUCCACGUCCUCUCCAUGUUUUCGUUUUCAAGUGAUCACGUUAAUCUUAUCACGACAUAUUUUCACAAAUUCAUCUUCACCUAUAUAUAGUUGUUUCAUAUUGAAGUUUAUUAAUGGAAGUAUGAUGUAAUAUGUACAGAACUUAUUCAUGCAAGAAUAUCUCCGCUAUUCUCGUUUUGUAAAUUUUGUAUGUUUCGUAGCCACCAAAGGAAAGGUGCAGGUAGGCACGUUACGUAUCUUUGUAUCUACAUCGGAAUCGUCUGAAUUUUAGAUAAACAGGUUUAUCUAACGGUCUGUUUUGAUAUCACUAGAUUAAAGUAUUAUCCGAGGUGGACAGGAGGCUAAUCCAUUAUUUGUAGUUUUAUUGCUCCACGCUCGUUUCACAUGCAACAUCCCACAUGUCCGAUAUUCAUGCAAUUUGAUCGUGUAAAUGCUAGCUAACAGGAAUGCUCGCUAAAAGGAGGAUUAAGUUGCCCUCACGUUUUUGGUAUAAGCGAUGAAGUCUUGAAACCAAACAUAUGCUACGCAUUGCUCGUCAUUGGACACACACACGGUAGCUUUAGAUUGAAAUUUUAGUAUUCAAGAUGCUGAAAGAAAUGUUUGUAUAAAGAAACGCGAGCCAAAAAUCUUCUAAUAUACCAUAUAAUCGCGAGUGGCAAAAUAUUACAAAAAUAAAACGUUUAAGAAUAAUCUAUAACCUGGGUAAAAUUAAUUUGAAAAGCAUGGCCAAUUUUCAAAGUUUGUAACCACAAGCAGUUAAAAACACCGUUUCUAUGUAAGUCCCACGUACUGGAUAUGUUCACAGCGGACUAUUAUUUUAUUUAUUGAUUUUUAUUGAUUUUUUAGUAAGAUCCAAAUACCAGUAAGAAAUUGUGCUGACGUCAAAUGCCUGAUUUUCCCUAUUUUUAGUUCCAAUCCGUGACGUUGAUUUUUCAUAAUGUUGAUAUUGGGGUAAACAUUUUAGAUCUUCUUUACCUGACUCACACGUCCACCGUUUCAUAGUAAUGUCUUUUAAUUCUACUAAUGUUAUGUCCAGGGUUCUAACUAGUGUAUGUUCUUCCAAGGUUUGGUUAGAAACAAAAAUAUGCAAAAUCGCCUAAGUUGCAAUGACUUUAAAAUAUUUUUAGAGAUAAAAGAUUUUAUGCGUGUUUCUUGUAAAAACGAAAUGUAUAUAUUUUGCAGAAAAUACUGGGGAGGUAGUUUAAUUUUUUUUAAUUAUUGUCAAAAAUGUUUGCAUGGUCCGUUUAGUGCACUGUGCUAUACGAAACGUUUAUUGAUAGAUUGAAACAUCAACGAAACACGGCAUAUUUGUACUGUUUCGUAGCCUCUUCAGCACUUAAUAGUUAACCGAGUACCCAGGGCUUAAGUUUUUCCAUUUGUACGAAAUUAAAAAAUUAAUCAGGAAUGUUUUAAAGUUGUUCAGAAUGUUGAGUUUGUCAAAAACCGUAUUUUUAUCUUUUGCUCUUGAUGUCACGAAUCAAACAAACACUUUGUCGACAUUUUUGUUUCUUGCGAUGUAGCAAACUUUUGUUAACAACCAUUUAAUGAUGUCGGAGUUUUCAUGACGUUGUUUGUGGUCACAUUUUCUCUGAAGCUUAUUUAGAACUUGCACAUUAUUAAAAAAUAUGUGAUACGAAUAAGUUAUUAAUACAUACAUUACCAACCUUGUACCCAGAACUCCGAAGCCUUGCCUGGACACCAGUACUACUGUUUUGAAAGUGUCUUAGUAAAGUACAUAUUAUUGUCAUUUUUUCAUAAAGACAACGAACUUUACAUUUUAAAGCUUUAACGACAUUUUUGGAGAUAGUAAAAUGGGUCACAGUAAAAACAAUUGUUUUUUUUGAAACUGUUUUUGAAUAUAACGCAAUUUAAUUUCCUUUAUAAAUCGUUUUAACAUUUUGACCAAAAAAUUCUUGAGUUCGUGGGUAGUGAAGAAAUGCGUAUGUGAAUUUGUGUACAGCUUCGUUCAUCCUCGUCCCCGGUUGCUGCCUAAUGGCGAAACCGUUAGCACUUUCUCGUUGCCGAGAAAAAGGAAUUACCCCUGGGAACGAGAUUGCUUAAAACGGUUGACUUUAUUUUGGAGGUAAUGUAAGGUAUUUCUUGUUUUUGUACACGAAGAAAAAAAUUAGUCUUAUUACGUUUGCUCUUCACAUAUUUCGACAUAAUUUCUUCGUAUCAAUUUACUAAUCUAAACUUAAACUGUUUUAUGUACUCAUAUUUAAUUGCUGUAAUCUCAAUUAGUGACAAAAAUGACGUGUGUCCCUCCGUACUGAUGAACACAUAAGCUUCUUUAGUCGGUAAAUUUUGUACUUUCCACUUGUAAAUUUCAGGCUCUUCUUUUACUGUUUUCAAGAAAAAAAGCUUGGAAAUGAGGCUGAGUAGGAAUGUGAAACCCAAAGAAUGUCAACUAUGUCGAUAUUCUCUAUAAUACAUAUAUUUAUUAUACUUUUUCAUCGUUAAAUUUCUAAAAAUAUAUUUAAAAAUUCCCUAAAAUCGCGUGGCACUGAUUUGUGGUUUUUAACUCAAUAACAUCAUGGCGUAUGUACGAAAACUAAGCAUAAAUAAGUUGAGUAAAUCACAUUUUCGGGAAAUCAUAUUUCUUAACAAUCCCACGAUCUAAAAUAAACUGUAUUUUUAAAAGAUUUAAGAAUGAAGUCCAUAACAAAUGAAGUUAUGAAAUUAAUUUCCGGUGUCAAGUUCUGCUUGUUUGCGUUAAUUUCUCAACCAAUUCGUGCCGUUUGAUUUUUCACAGAGGUCGCACUAUUUAUAGCCUUUGUUUUGUUUUUUAGUGUAGUUUAAUCUUAUUUGGAACACACUUUUUGUUUUAUUUUUAGUCUCAAAGAGGAUGUGUUUUGACGUUAAGCUAUAAAAAUUGAUCGGUAUGCAAAAAACCCAACAGGUUCAAAACGAAGCGCUUUUUCACAUCUUCCGAUUUUGAUUGAAGCGUCUUACCACUUCCUUUCAACUAUUCAUGUUCCGUACUGGAAUUUUCUCCCUUGCUGCAAAACUGAAGUGUUAUUUUUUUAAUGUCUGCUUGCAGUGAAUGUAUUUUACAUAAGCUCGAAAUAGAAGCACAUGCAAACAGAGGUAAUUUAUUCCCUUUUGUGUCUAUUGUUCUAGCUUUCUUAGAAUAGUUGCGGCGUCUCGCUCACCUAGCCUUGUUUACUCAACAUUUUAAGUAAGAUGAGACAUGAAAACAGGGGGACAGAAUGAUGUUUGCUGAAUGUGUUGGUGGCAUUUACAAGUUUGUUAAGCUUACAAAAGCAAGUUCAUCAGAUGUGAAAAUCAUAUGACGUUUUGCAAGUGAUUGAUAGUUAUGUUGCGCAUGCGCACGAAAGGAAGCAUUCAUUGUGCUAGCUGAAGUGUAGACAGACAUCGUUUUAAACCUUUUUCAGAAAAAAUAAACGGGGAAGUUGAAUACUUCACUGUUUGUAUUUUUUUUACUUUCUAUAGAUAAAUAAUUAAUUCAGUGACUUAGUUUUAGGCCGAAAUUUGAAAAGAACUAGUCGUUAGCCCGUGGAAAAAUCCACGGGUUCGCCGUCCUUUCUAUACCGCAUUGCGUGCGUCUCGCUACCUGCGCAGCUAGGCUACCAUUUUGCGUGACAGACAGACGGACGGACGGACAGACGUAUACGGGUAUUAUAAUAUAGACUAGUCGUUAGCCCGUGGAAAAUCCACGGGUUCACCCGUCCUUUAUAUUUACCCGUCGCAACAAAGUGGAUAAAAAUAUAUCGCAUUUGAUAUUCGUGUUUCCGUAACAUCAUUUUCUAACUCAGCGGGGGGUCCGCGCAGAGACAGACAGACGGAAUACGGCUAUUAUAAUAGAGAUGUGGAUGUUACUAAUCGUCACAUAUCAGGAAUACACAUGAAUACAAAAUGGUCACCGUUUUAAACCUCGAUGAAACGCCGUCGCCUUUAAUAAAAGUUUUUGUAAUAAACGCCUCCUUUUUAUAAAUUAAGUUUAUAUAUAUUUAUAUUUAUAAUUUAUAAUAUGAGGCUAUAUGAUAUGUUAAAAAUUUAUAAUGCAAAGUUAAUUUUGAAGUAACCCCGUCAUUAAAUAAAGUAAACACAAUUUCAACGGAUAUUUGCUCCGUGUUUUUAACCCGAGCGAGUAGGAAAAUCCAAGAAAGAUCUAGCUUUAUUGUCCCGCUUAUGCUAUGAUUCUGUUGUAUGUAAAUAUGGGAAAUACCAUGUAAAGUUUCAAAAGUUUUAUACUUGAUAAAAGUUAUAUUUAGCAGUGAUUAAUUACUCGCCAUUUAUCCCUGGUCCCAAAGGUUUCUUAGAUUUUGAAAGCUGUGGGACUAAGUUUUCUGUGUUUUUGCUGUUUUUUUGAAGAUGUGAAGCAACUGAUACUGUCCUCACUCACGUGCAGAGUCGUUGCGCGAAAAUCCUACUUUUUUGCAUAUUUAGCUGCGCGAAAACUUAAUAUACGCGAAAUAUUUCUUUUCAGAAAGUGUGCAGAAAACAGAUUGUACGAAACUAAUUACAAAAUUGAAGAUUAAUGAUAAUCACAAUAUUAUAAAAGUCGGUUGGCGUAAAUGUAACAUGAUAUAAGAUGAAGCUUCUAUAAUACUUUUAAAAAUAAAAAAUGUAAAAUUUGAAGAUGUGCUAUAUAUAUUGAGGUGUACAGACAAUAAGGACUGCGUGAAAUUUAAACCAGCGCAAGAAUUUCACGAAUCAAAGUACAUUAGAAAUUCAAGCAUGUAUAUUGAAGAAACAUGUAUGCUUGCACGUGUUGUUUUUAAUAAAAAGUUCAUAUCUGCAUUUACAGGGAGUUUUUAUCUCGAUUUAAUAAGUAAAAUCAACUGCUAGACAGUGUGGGGAUCGAUAAAAUGUUUUGCAUUAGUUCGGAUAAGCUCCCUGUGGGAGGACGAAAAAGUUGUACAAAGCGCAUUCAUUUUCUUUGUUCAAGAAAUCAAUUGAAAUCGAAGAUAAAUGGACGCAAUGUUGUGUCUUUUUUCCAGCUACAACUGAAUGUGUAAUCGCUGAAGUACCAACUCUUUAUAUGACUUCUUUGCAUCUAUGUUAAAUGACAUAAGAACAUGUAUAACCAAAAAAAACAAGUUGGUUCGUAAAACGCAGUUGAUGAUUUGAAACUUACUAUAAUCCGAAAUCACAGAUUUUGAGUUGGAAUGCGAAUGGAAUCCCCUCUAAAAAUAAAAAUGCAGUCAUUACGUUGUUCGCAUUUUUUUUGGUGGGAAAAUAGAAAUAUUUUAUAAAGGAUGGAUUUUAUAUGUAAAAGGAUCGUUUAAGAAAAUUCAUUGAAAUAAAAGAAAUUUUUUCCGGUGUCACGAACACUUUCCAAAAGGAUAGAAAAAACGUUUCGAUGAUAUCAUUACGCUGAUGUCAUUUUUGAAGAAACAGCAUUUUCAACCUUGCGUGUGACGUUAAUAAGAUUUUUGUCCUGUUCUUCAUAUUUUCCUAUUUUGUCGGCUCUUUUUUUAUCAUUGUCAAAUUGUUAGUCACUGUAUAACAUUAAUGCCCUUCUUUUUAACUUUUAAACUUUAUAUACAAUGAAAUGCUCUGCGAUGGAGGGUAUAAAUAAUAGGGAAAUAUUUGAUGACUUGACCCCCCGGUUAAUUUUAUUAUGCUUAUCAAAUAUUUUAAGCAUCUAUUAAUAGCCACCUCACGUCAUCAAUGUGAUUGUUUUGUACAGCUAAAAGGACAGUUGACAGUUAGUUCUCGUUAGGAAGCAAGAGUGGACAGAACGUCGAGGUUAUUAAAGAUAAAAUAUACUAAUCACAUAUCAAGCGUAACCUUCUAACUGACAUCCAGUAAUGAAAACUUUAGUUGUACCAAAGUUAGUCGAGGAAGUGCUUUCGUUAGAAAUCACUAAGAAGAUAACAAAAAACAUAAUGAAGAAAAAGUGUAAAAAAACGUUCCCGCCUUCAAUGUUUUCAAGAAAAUCAUCUGCAGAUAUUACACCAGUGACUUGUUUAUCGAACUCUGCAACCCGUUGUUGUUGCGGUACAAGUAUGAACAAUGGAGCAAGUUCACGUAGAAGUAGUACAUCAAGUACCGACGAAAGUCAAGAAUAUUUAUUAUCACUAACAUUUUUCGCUAUACAAUAUAAAAAUGUACAGUUAUUGGAAGAAGUAUUGGAACGGUCGCUACUUGAUGUAAACCAACACAACGAAGAUGGAAUAACAGCCACACAUUUUGCGGCAAUUGUUGGCUCCACAGAUUGUAUCUCCGUAUUGCAGCAGUAUGGUUGCUGCGUCAAUGUAUUAGACAUUCGAGGACAGACUCCGUUAUACUAUGCGAAAAUGAUGGAGAACGUCGAGACUGUAAAAAAACUGAAAGAUUUUGGAGCAGAAUAAAAUUUAUUAUUUGAAAAAAUUAAUUUUGACAGAAUAUAUUUUUUUUUGUAUAUGAAUCUUACGCUGACAUUUGUAUAUAAUAGAGUAUAUUUAUAUUGUAUUUAUUAAAAUAAAAAUCGAUUUUACUUUUUAUGACGAAAAGAAUUGUGUAUAUUGCGGAGAACGUUUUUAUAAGAAAUGAAUGAACGACAAAAAUAAA